GGUAAGGUUUUUAGCAAUUGAAUCACCUACAUCAACAAGUGCAGAUGGCCUUAAGAAGAUGAUACAGGAUUGCUUUUCCCGGUUUCACAUGAACAAUUUCCCAAGACAACUGGCAGCGCUAAACAUUGAUGGAGCUUCGGUAAAUUUGGGUAACAUAAACCGACUUGCAGAGUUAAUCAGAGUUAAUCAGAGUUUGACGAAGUGGAUGAGCUCCUGACUAAAUUGUAUUACUUGUACCAAAAGUCGGCAAAGCGCUAUCGCGAAUUGAAGGGAUUCAGCGAGAUUUUCGAAAAGAGCAUAGCAAAGCCAGCCAAAGCCUUUGGAACGAGAUGGAUCACCCACAAGUUGAAAGCCAUGGAGACCUUUGUUGCCAAUUAUGUCGCAUACAUGCUACACAUUGAGUCAUUGUCCCAGCAAAAAGAGAAGAAUUGAAGGGUUUUUUGUCAAAAUGGACGUAUGCAAAGUAUCCUAUGCUGAUGACAGUAUACAUUGACAUUUUGACGCCUUUGAAGGUUCUUAGCCUGGGAUUCCAAAAGGAAGUUCAUGACCCUGUUAAAGCGGUGAAGCGCAUUAAUGAAUUUGAGUGGACUAUGGUCAAACUAAAAGAAUUGAUCAAUAAAUGCGUUCAGGACGACUCCGAAAAACUUAUUAAUUUUACACGGUUUUUGAAGGAGUGCGAAGCUACGUCCGACGACGAACCUCACCAACCUUUGACAAAACGUCAAAAAAUUACCAGGCAUCAAGUGGAAGAACUUGAAGACGAUGAAGAUGAAGCAGUGUCUAGGAGUGUGCAAGGAAGAUUUGAAGAGUUCCGAGAAAGUGUGGUGUUUUAAAAAUCUGCCAGUCAUAUUGGACUUUGCAAUGUGGCCCAAGGACGACGAAGCACUUAAGCGGUAUGGCGACAAGGCAAUUUUAGAACUGAAAGAGUUUUACCAGGCUUUACUUGUUCAGAAUUGAUGCAACAUUGACAAAGUCGUCUCAGAAUGGAAUCGUUUGAAGGUUUGAAUAGUAAAUGCAUCGUUUUCCUUUCUUAUCAUAAAGUUGGAUAACUGAAUAUUUCUUCUGCUAGUGCCACCUCAAAAGCUACAUAGUUGGA